AUGGGUGUUACCAAGACCACUCUCCAAGAGGGCUCCGGCGCUCAGCCCACCAACGGCCAGACUGUCACCAUUGAGUACACUGGCUGGCUCAAGGAUGAGUCUAAGCCUAACAAGAAGGGCAACAAGUUCGACUCUUCCGUCGGCCGUGGUGACUUUGUUGUCAAGAUUGGCGUUGGCCAGGUUAUCAAGGGCUGGGAUGAGGGUGUCACCCAGAUGAAGGUUGGAGAGAAGGCCACUCUCGAUAUUUCUCCUGACUACGGCUACGGUGCCCGCGGCUUCCCUGGCCAUAUUCCUCCCAACUCGUCCCUCAUCUUCGACGUCGAGUUGAAGAAGGUCGCUUAA